GCCGUAAACAUCAUGCGUUGCUCGUGUCGCGAACCUCGCCGUUUCAUCGCCCGUUCUUUCGUCCCUCGAUUAUCUCGCGCGUAAUCCUCUCGGUAUCGAUCGUUGAUACACCUGCGCGAGCCCGCGUCGAUUUCCAAUCUGCCGCGAAUUCGCGAAUGACAAAACUCCGCGCCUCUUGCUAAACUCGCCCGUCCGGGAAUCUUUGAUCAAUCCAUCGAUUGAGUGUGAAUACAUACAUAUGCUAUACUUUAGUACACGAAGCUUCUACCAAGAUCGUACGACUAUUUAUAAACAGUGAUCAGUCACCUGACGGUGUUGAUAACAACUUGUUACAACGUAACAAUCGUCGCGUCGACGAUGGUCUCGCCGAAUGUUUGACGCCGUUUCACUUCGACAAGAGGAGGAUCGUCACGCGAUCGAUGGAAACAUGCUGGCGAAUUUCGGAAGCAACGAGAGCAUACUGGGUUACCUGGCCAGCAAAGAUUCUCAAGAUGUCGAUCUGGAUGCCAUCCUCGGCGAGCUGUGCGCUCUGGAACGCCGCUGCGACGGCGACAUCGCUUCCACACCGGCACCCGACUCGCAGAGACAGAGCCGACCUAACAGUACCAGGAUCACUGCCGGAGACAAUACCGAUAUCGGCAAGAAUGAAGGAGCUAUGCGCACCGAUAGUCCUGACAAUGACAGCGCGUUCUCGGACACGGUGUCGAUGUUGUCCAGUGAGAGUUCCGCGAGCAGCAGCGGUUCCGGGCACAAACCACCUCAGACCGCCAUGCACACAGGUCCUCAGCAGCAAUCUCACCAACUCAUGGACGCUGCGAGCCGAGCCAAGGCAGAGAAGAUCCGCCUGGCGUUGGAGAAGAUGCGCGAGGCCAGCGUUCAAAAGCUCUUCAUCAAAGCGUUCACCUUGGACGGCAGUGGUAAAAGCUUGCUCGUUGACGAGGGGAUGAGCGUGGCACACGUGUGCAGGCUUCUCGCUGACAAGAAUCACGUGCCAAUGGAUCCAAAGUGGACGGUGGUCGAGCAUUUGCCCGAUCUUUUCAUGGAGAGGGUGUACGAAGAUCACGAGUUGCUGGUGGAAAAUCUUUUACUGUGGACCAGAGACUCGAAGAAUAAGCUGCUGUUCGUCGAGAGGCCAGAGAAAACUCAGCUGUUCCUCACUCCGGAGAGAUUCCUUUUGGGCCCGUCCGAUAGGAGCAGCGGCGAGUACGACGAUCACUCGCGUAACAUCCUUCUGGAGGAAUUUUUCUCCAGCAGUAACGUCGGCGUGCCGGAGGUCGAGGGACCAUUGUAUCUGAAAUCCGAUAGCAAGAAGGGUUGGAAGAGGUACCAUUUUAUUCUCCGCGCGUCCGGCCUCUACUAUUGGCCGAAAGAGAAGGCACGCACAGCACGCGACCUGAUUUGCUUGGCCACGUUCGACGUGAACCAGAUCUACUACGGUGUCGGCUGGAAGAAGAAAUACAAAGCCCCGACGGAUUUCUGUUUCGCUGUCAAGCACCCUAGACUCCAGCAGCCCAAGUCCACCAAGUACAUAAAGUUCCUCUGCGCCGAGGAUAACGCGUCGUUGGAACGAUGGAUGGUCGGGAUCAGGGUGGCCAAGUACGGUAGACAGUUGAUGGAGAAUUACAGAACCUUGGUGGACGAACUUGCCCAAGAGGAUCUCGACAUGCUGGCCCACGCAAGAUCCUGCUCCGUCAGCUCGAUCGCUGUGCCGGCUCGGAAUCAAACCCAGUACAACACUACGAACGAGAACGCUCGCCAGUUCACGGAGAACUCGAGGCACAACGCGGAGGUGGCUAACGCCAGACAGUACGACGGCCAGAGGCAAAGUUACAAUUCCGAGCAGCGGCAAAGUUACAACAACGACGGCAGGUUGAGCAGAGCCAGCAGCUCCAGUUCCAGCGGCUGUCUUUCCGACGGAGCGCCUAGUAGUUGCGAGGUAGCUUUCGAGUGUGGCGAGUUCCCGACGGGCACGAUAAAAAGGAAGCCUUCGAUGAAUCCAAAAUUGCCCCUAACAUCGAUCACGAGACAAUUGAAGGAAGUGGGCGAGACAGUUCGCGACGAGCCGGACUCUUGUCCGAGUCCAACGAGCUCGGGUUCUGGAACAUUGACCAGAAGACACAGUCGAAGAAGGAGCGGUACUGAUUCGGAUGGGUCCGGAACUUUGAAGAGACACCAUCGUUCUGGUAAUGCGACUCCGGUUAGUCCUGUACCGCCUGGCACACCGGUCAGAGAAAGAGCGAGUCCAAUGGGAUAUAACAGAUCGGAGAAUCAGGAAUCAAAGACACCGACGAGCCCGAUACCAUCGUGUAUGAUGGAUUCGAUCACUUCGUUACCGCCACCGCCGUCACCCUCGAGAGUCGCGGAGGAAGCAGAAUCCGACAACGAGCCACUUCCUCCACCUCCGCCAGAGAUGUUCCGAUCGAACCUCUCCCUGGACUCUCUACCGCCGCCUCCAGCACCUGGUGAACUGCCAGUGUGCAACACUCCAGAGCUUACCGGUUCUUCGUUAAGCCUGGCAUCUCUUCCUCCGCCUCCGAGUCCCUUGGUCGGCGAAACAGGAACAAUUCGACGCGCCAGACCGAAGCAGUCCACGCCUGCGAACUCGAUAACUCCCGAGAGCACUCCGACGCACACGUCGUCCAAACCAUCGACCAAUCAACAGAUGUAUUCGAAUGCAAGCAAUUCGGCGAUACAGAACAGCCAGAGCUACAGUUCGAACGCGCAAAACGCCCAUCACGUGAAUAACGCGGCGAACUCACAGCAGCAGCAGCAGCAGCACAGUUCCAGCCUGACGAGGCAAAACUCAAAGGCAGACUCAAUGUACGGGACCCAUCCAUUGGUUCACCAGCACAACACGGUCCAGCCGAUCAGGCCAAACCCGAACAUGGACACGGUGCGACGAAGUGCCAUGAAGCAAGGCUCGAGCCACUACGCGGCUCCUCCUUAUCUCGCGGAGCUGAAAGCUGCCUCCAGCCCCCAGCCACAGCGUAGGGUGACCAUUCAGGAACCACCGACGUCGCCCAAGUCGAAGACGGGGACAGGGAAGAAGAUCACGUUCAAUCUCCCGCCUCAGCAGGAGCCAGGGAGCCCAGCUCUGCCGCAGAGGAAGCCGAUGCCGCCGAGAAGGUCGGACAGCACGAGGCUCACGUCUCCGAAGAAGCUCGCCGCGUCCGAUCAAGCGCCGCCCGGUGAUUUCUUGAAGGAUCUUCAGAGAGUAAUGAGGAAAAAGUGGCAGGUCGCGCAGAAGUGUAAGCUGGACUCGACCACCACUCCUCACGAGGUACUCGGCUUCCGCGAUCCACCGCCCGCCGUGGCGGAUUACAGAGAGACCAACGUGUCGAACUGGGUCCAGGAACACUACGGGGCCGACAAUCUCUACGAGAACGUGUACGCGACGGAUCCGCACGCGCCGGUGGAGUACGCGUCGAGCCCGGCCCGGCAGUCGACCGUCAGGUUCGCGGACGAGAACCGCAGCAUCAACAUCGUGAACGCGAUCGCCAGUAAAAGAAGGCCGCCACCGCCGCCGCCGAAAAGGGCGGAAACCACCCAUUUGACCACCACUAGGGCGAUGCACUGA